AUGAGUAAAGUUGUCUUCGUCGGAAAUGUUCCCUACAACAUGGGAGAGGAACAACUCAUUGACGUUUUCAAAUCUGUUGGACAAGUAGUUGGAUUCAGGCUUGUGUAUGACCGAGACACAGGGAAACCCCGUGGAUAUGGUUUUUGUGAAUUUGCCGAUCACGACACUGCCCAAUCGGCCGUACGCAACCUCAAUAACGUGGACGUCGGUGGUCGGCCACUGCGCAUCGACCUCGCAGACUCCGACCCCUUUCUCGAAGGCAAAACGACUGUGCGCGGCGAACUCAUCGACGGUGGCGAGACCCGUGCUCAGUGGCGAGAGCGAGAGCGCGACGGAUUCCGAGAGCCAAGGGACAAGGAGAGAGAUAAGGACGCGUUUCUUCGCACCCUCCCACCCGGCAUGCCAUUGCCACCUGGUGCGCAAGUGCUUGAUAUGAUCAGUCGAACGCUCGCAACCAUGAACCCGGGUCAGUUGGUCGAAGUCCUCGCACAGAUGAAGGCAUUUGUGAUUACACAUCCUGAGCAAGCUCGAUCUCUUUUGGUCGGCCACCCACAACUAUCAUACGCACUCUUCCAGGCCUUACUUCUCAACAAAAUCGUCGACCCUGCAAUCCUUGAGCGCAUGCUCGCCGCCACCGGCUCGCAACCCGGGGCAUCAGGGCACUCUGCGCCGCCACCGGCCCCGAUGCCCCCGUCUUUCCACGCCCCGCAGCCGCAACAACCGCCCUUUUUCCAGGCGCCGCCCCCGAACGUGCCCCAGACACACACGCCUCAACACCACAUGCAAGCGCAACCUCCUCAACCGAUGCCUCCGCCUCCGCCGUCAUACUUCAACCCGAAUGCCGGACCCGCCGGACUCAUGAACACCGGCCCCCCGCCGGCUCCACGACCAGCGCCGCAAGGCAACAGCAGCGGCGGGGGCUUUGAGGCCCUGAACAUCGACCCCUCACAGCGUGCGAUGCUUCUCCAAGUCCUCAGUCUGACGCCGGAGCAGAUCAACCAGCUCCCACCAACCGAGCGGGACACCAUCAUGAACCUCCGCUCGCAACUGGGCGGUCUUGCCUGA